AUUUGUGUCAGUCGAGUUUCAUCAUUCUGUAGGCGUAAAUAUUUAGAUUUCUUGUUUAUUGAGCCUUAAAUCUCACUUCUAUUUUGUUAACAAAACAAGUCUACCACCCGAAAUGGCGGGGACGUACUAUUUUGUAAUUGUAGGUCAUUCGGACAAUCCUAUUUUUGAGAAAGAUUUCAUCCCUGUUCCAAAGGAGAUUAAGAAAGAAGACAACAGGCACUUGAACCAGUUUAUUGCCCACGCAGCGCUAGAUCUCGUAGAUGAGCAUAUGUGGAAGGUCACUAACACUUACCUGAAGUCUGUGGACAAGUUCAACCAGUGGUUUGUGUCUGCUUUUGUCACUGCUAGUCAGAUGCGCUUCAUAAUGGUCCAUGACGCGCGAAAUGAAGAUGGUAUCAAGAAUUUCUUCACAGAUGUGUAUGAAGCAUACAUCAAGCUGAUGCUGAACCCAUUCUAUAAAGAGGACACACCCAUCACACUCCCUGCAUUUGACAAGAAGGUCCAGUUCUUAGGGAAGAAGUAUCUAACAUAGUCCAUUAAUGUUGAUAUUAUUAGUUAAUUUAUUGUUGAAAGGAUACCAUGCAAGGCUUAGCAUUUUUGCUAAGCAAUGUUUAUAUCAAGGUUUUCUGUUCACACUAGACAUCUCAGAGCUUGAUUUGUAUGCAAUGUACCAACAUUCCAUAGCUGACACCAGAAACAUCUUUGUAAGGCUAACUCUCUACUGAGCAAGGUGUAAAUGGUUCUGCUGUUGAAAUGAUAGUCAGAGGGUGGAAUUGCAAUAGAGUUGGAACAUUGAUUUUUAUCGGCUAUCAAAUAAACCGAAAUCAUAUUCAUCUUGUAUCUAUUUCUCUCCAGAGGAACUAUCACUACUUUCAAUAUGACUGAACAUAAUUACAUCACUUGUCAUGUGCUGUAAAAUGCUGGUGCAAAAUGUAAAUAAUGUUUGCCCCUGCACACAAGCAACUUCAGUUAAUAUAACCUAUGGUAUAAGAAAAUUUUAUUAUAAAAUUUAUACUAUUUAUGUCUGUAAAUAAAAAUAUAUGUACAUUAAAAUUAAAGACAUUUCUUAAUUACAAA